UAUAAAAAAUAGAAUCAGUAUAUAUACUAUCGAGGAAAAUAAAAAGUAGCAAAAAAGUCAUACCGCCUUCUUCAUAUCUUCUUUUCGCAUUCAUCCCUCUUUUUCUCCAUGGCGUCCGAAAACUCGUGGGUCCUUUGAGCAAAGGAGGAAAAAGAGAUAAAGAAAAUUCAAUAGAUUUUGAAGCCAUAAUCUAGAAACCCUAGCCAUCAUCGUUUUGUUCCUGCGUGCGUUUGUGAAUAUAUACAGGUAGUUUUCCCGUAGAUUAAAUGUCAUAUAUCUUGAUUAUUGGAGCCUCUUAUUUAACGAAAAAUGACCAUGCUGAUGGAUAAAGACGAAAAGAAUUCUACAAGGGACCGCGUUCAGCGUCUUUUUAACAAGAACGUUGAGUUGGAGAACAAGCGGAGGAAAGCCGCUCAGGCGAGGAUUCCUUCAGAUCCUAAUACAUGGCAGAAUAUGCGUGAAAAUUAUGAGGCAAUUAUCCUUGCAGAUCAUGAUUUUUCCGAUCACAACGAUAUAGAAUAUGCUCUGUGGCAGUUGCAUUAUAGGAGGAUUGAGGAACUGAGGGCACUAUUCAAUGCAGCUUUAGCUUCUCCAGUAUCCCAAAAUCUGAAAGCUCCUGUUCGUUCCGGACCAGAUCGGCUUACGAAGAUUCGUUCCCAGUUUAAGACAUUUCUUUCUGAGGCCAGUGGAUUUUAUCAUGAUCUGAUGUUGAAGAUAAGAGCAAAGUAUGGGUUGCAAUUGGGAUAUUUUUCUGAUGAUCAUGAUACUCAGAUUUCGAUAUCAAAAGAUGGAAAUAAAUCAUCCGAUGUGAAAAAGGGCUUGAUAUCUUGUCAUCGUUGCUUGAUUUAUCUGGGGGAUUUGGCACGAUAUAAAAGCUUGUAUGCUGAAGGGGAUUCUAAAGCCCGGGAUUUCACAGCUGCUUCUAGUUACUACAUGCAAGCUUCUUCAAUUUGGCCUUCAAGUGGCAAUCCACAUCAUCAGCUUGCUAUACUGGCUGGAUAUUCAAAUGAUGAACUGCUGUCAAUUUACCGCUAUUUUAGAAGUCUGGCAGUUGAGAACCCUUUCAUUACUGCCAGGGAUAACUUGAUCAUUGCUUUUGAGAAGAACCGUCAGAACUAUACCCAACUACUUGGUGAUGCUAAGACUGCUGCUACUGUGAAGAUGACACCUCCAAGGGUGCCUGGAAGAGGAAGAGGCAAAGGGGACUCCAAGCCUUCUUGUAAAGAAAGCAAGAUUGAGGCUAACAUAGUUAAGGAAAAAGCACCAAAUAAUUUUGAUAUCUUGAAGGUCUUCGUGACGCGAUUUGUGAGGCUGAACGGCAUUCUCUUUACUCGCACAAGCUUGGAGACCUUUGCCGAGGUGUUCUCAUUGGUUAAAAGUGAUUUAUUGGAGCUUCUUUCUUCUGGGCAUCGUGAAGAAGCCAACUUUGGUUCGAAUGAUGCUGAGUGUAGGCUAACAGUUGUCAGGGUGAUUGCUAUCCUAAUAUUUACCGUGCAUAAUGUGAACAGGGAAAGUGAAAACCAAUCAUAUGCCGAUAUACUGCAACGUUCUGUCCUGCUUCAAAAUGCUUUUACUGCAACCUUUGAAUUUUUGGGCUGUGUUAUUGAACGAUGUAACCAGUUAUCUGAUCCUUCAUCGAGCUACUUAUUGCCUGGGAUUAUGGUAUUUGUUGAGUGGCUUGCCUGUCAUCAGGAUGUAGCAAUCGGGAGUGAAAUGGAGGAGAAACAAGUGAAUGCCAGGUCCUAUUUCUGGAACAAAUGUAUCCCAUUUCUGAACAAGCUUUUGUCAAGUGGGUAUGAUAAAGAUGAAGAUGAAACAUGUUUUUCUAACAUGAGUAAGUAUGACGAGAGUGAGACUGCCAAUCGUCUGGCGCUGCCCGAGGACUUUGAGCUGAGGGGAUUUGUUCCUCUUCUUCCUGCCCAACUCAUCCUCGACUUUUCGAGAAAACACUCAUUUGGUGGUGAUGGAGGCAGUAAAGAAAGGAUGGCCCGUGUGGAGAGGAUCAUUGCAGCUGGGAAGGCUCUUGCAAAUAUCAUCAGAAAUGGCCAGGAGAGUGUAUAUUACGACUCUAAGGAUAAGAAAUUUGUGUUUGGUGUUGAGCCGCAGGAUGUUGAUGAUUAUUUACUGGAACCCAGUUUGAGUGAUAGCACGGUAGACAUUCCUGUGGAGUACCGAAUGGCGUCAAAGAUGGAGAUGGGUGUGGAUGACGAGGAUGAGGAUGAGGUGAUUGUUUUUAGGCCGCCCGCUACUGAGAAGCAUGUCAAUGAUUUCUCUUCUACUUUGACUACUUUAGGGGUUCCGUCUCGUACUGUUGGGUUUGGUGAGAUGGAUUCUAGGAAUGAGAACAGGUCCUCUGUUGUAAAUGAUAGUUUUCUCCUACAUGUUGCUUCGAGUGCGGGCCUUAAACUUUCUGACGUUGUUGCUAAUGGCAAUCCACAGUCUCUGCAAUCAAUGCAGCCCAACACAUCAAAUUGGUCUGUAGAACACAAUCCCAUUGUGAAUGGUUUGGCCCACUUAAAUUUAGGGGAAAAUGGGCCCCUGCUGAAAUCGGAGCUUCAAGAAAAGUUUGGAGUUUCUCAACCCACUUCCUUUUCCAUGCCCUACCCCCAGUUUUUGAGUACUGGAAAUAGCCAAAAUCAUUCCGUUCAGAUUCCACAAGCUACUAUGCCUUCAAAGCUAGAUUCCGUUAUGACAUCUGGAGUGAAACCAUCUACAAUUAUGCCACCGGGCCCAAAGAAGAAUCCUGUGAGUCGACCAUUAAGACAUUUUGGUCCGCCACCUGGUUUCAGUUCCUUCCCUUCAAAAGCUGCUGAAGAGCUAUUAUCCACCACAGCCUUGAAAAGUGAUAAUCGCCCAAUGGCACCAAUGGAUGACUACAGCUGGCUGGAUGGAUAUCAGUUGUCCUCAGCAAAUCAAAGUGUUGGAUUCAGUAGUUCAAUGAAUCAAGUGGGCCCAACUGCAUUCCCUUCCGUGAGCCAGAGCAACGGUCAGAUGGAGAUUGCAACAUUUCCUUUCCCUGGAAAGCAAGUUGCUAAUGUUCAAGUUCAGAGCGAAAGGCCGAAAGGUUGGCAUGACCAGUUUGAAGGACAUAUGAAGCAGUAUGGGGAUCAUCUUCGACCAUUUCAGAAUGGAAACCAGCAGCCCGGGCCCCCCCAGCAGCAGUAUCAAGGGCAGUCCAUAUGGGAAGGUCGUUUCUUUGUGUGAGAGAUGAUUGAAAAAAUGUCGAUGGAAAAAGGUUGUGACCUAUUUUUGAAAGCAAAAUUCCGUGGUCGGAUGAUUGCAGAAUGGCCAAUGUUUAGUAAGUUGUAUGGAACAUGGUUGGUCUGGGAGUGUUGCAGGCACCUGCUGUUGAUUAGGCAUGUGCCGAGUUUACCAGAUUGGUUGAAUGGAGCGGUUAUUGAUUCCAAUAGGUGAAAGUACGUACAUGAAGAGAUUCUACAAAGCUUGGUUAUGUUCUCCGGUUUUGAUCGGUUGGGAAUAGUCUUUGAGGCUCAGUGGACUGUGGUUAUCAAUGGUGGGAAAUAAAAGACUUAAAACGUAUUUGGUGUUCGGUGUUUUUCGUCUGAAACCCCUUAAGUAGUAAUGUCUGCCGUAAAACUCCAUGAUGGUUAAAGUUUCAGAAGGCGAAAAAGAUUUUAAAUGAUGUAAUAAUUAUUUGCAGUUGUGGGUAUGUCUCUGCAAGUUCUGAAGUGGGAAGUUGAAAAAGCCUUUUGGUUUCCCAUCUAUCGUUUAUAUUUUACGGUUAUGCGAUUAUAGAGACGCAUCAAUGGUAUUUUCAGCUUUUCGUGGUUGAUGUUUACCGUACUCUUUUAUUAAUUAUGCGACUUGUGGAUUCUCAUAUAAGGUAUAUCGUGGUUUUUGCUAUAUUUGUCGUUGGAACGUAUGUUUUGCUUAUCUAAGAUUUCGAUUUGUCCUGC